UGUGCAACUCGACUCCAUCUCCCUCCCUCUGUCGCGCUCCUCCUGCCCAAAACCGCCGAGCUCCUCUAGUGCGCUUCAUUCAGAUGGAUAACUUCAGAAGCAUGGCUCUGCCAAACACUUCACUUUUACUUGUUCUUCAAAUGUGCGCUCUUGCUUGGCAAGCUUGGGCGCUAGUGGAUCUGAGGAUGGAGGACACUAUAGAGGUUUCCAUGGAUAAUUCUACAGAGAUCCCCUGCCUGUACACCUUCACCGAGGAGCCCAAGAUGGUUAUGGUCCAGUGGUUUGUGCGGGAACGUGAAGGUCACCGGGUUAGGAUCUCCUACAGUGACCUGACCAUGCAGAAGGUGGACGAGGACACCAGCUACAGCAAUCGUAUCAGUGUGCGAUCAAACAGUGAUGGAGAAACUCUGACCAUUCAUGACGUUAAGCUGGCUGAUGAAAGAGAGUUUUUCUGUCAGGUCAGUGGUUUGUCAGCGGGAAAUGGAGAGGGCAGGACUUUCUUGAAGGUUUUUGACCCCCCAGAGCCUCCUGUCAUUGAAGGUGUCCUCUCUGGAGUUUCUGUGUCCGGUGACUCCCCACUUAAGAUUGCAUCUUGUGAGACCAGAGAAGGCUUUCCCAAGCCAAACAUCACAUGGUACCGUGAUCACAUCCCCAUCCACCCCACUAGUGGCUUGGCGAACGUGGUAACGCUAGUGACGAAGGAAUCCAGUGGUCUAUAUACAGUGCAGAGUGAACUGCAUUAUAAGGUGACCAAGGAAGUCAAAGACGCCCACUUUUCCUGUGAAGUCAGCUAUUUUGUCCCAGGAGCUGUCAGGACAUUGAAGUCCAAAGACAUCAAUAUUACAGUUCAUUACCGCACGACCAGCGUGGAGAUAUGGAAAGAAUCGCCUGAGGGCUCGGUCAAAGAGGGGGACACAGUGGAGAUCCGUUGUCAAGGCGAUGGGAACCCCCCAGCACCCAUCAUUUUCAACCGAGAACAAUCAGAUGUGGAGCUGGAUUCCUCUCAGGGGCUGCUGGUUCUGAAGGAAGUGUCUCGUGCAGAUAGCGGUGUGUAUGAAUGUCACUCUCUGGACGUGGAUGAGGUGGUGGACACCCUACAGCUCACUGUGCACUAUCUGGACCCAGCUGUGGUGGUGCCCAAAGACUCCGAGGUCAUGCUGAAAGGAGAGAGUCUGACAGCCACCUGCAAUGCCCUGUCGUCUUUAGAGACGUCUACUGUAUGGUUUAAGAAUGGGACUGUGGUUGGAAGGGGACACAUAAUGCAUCUGCAGGAUGCCACGUUUGACACAGCUGGACAGUAUGACUGUGAGGUGACUGUACCAUCUCUUCCAGGCCUGCUGACCAGCGGUUCUGUCCAUAUCAUCGUACAAGGCGCCCCUCAGAUAAAGGAUGCGGACCGAGAGAUUAAACUGACGGAGAAAGUCGGUGGUUGGGUGAAUUUGAGCUGUGAGGUGAGAGGUUACCCUAGACCCGCCAUCACCUGGAGCAUCACUGGCAGUCAGUCUCAGAGCUGGCGUGAGGUGGAUAAAAGAGAGACGGAGGAUCAAGUCCACAGUGUUGUGAUGCUUAAAGUUACCACUCACACUGUUGCUGUCUGCAAUUCAACAAAUGACUUUGGAAUAGAGACCAAGACGUACAGCAUCAGGAGCAUUCCAUUCUCCCAGACUCCAACAGCAAGAAAAACUUCAGCUGAUAACAGUGGAGUGAUUAUUGUGGUGAUCAUUGUCAGCAUCCUGUUGCUGGCCGUCCUGGGCAGUGUCUUCUACUUCCUGUAUAAAAAGGGCAAGUUACCCUGUGGACGCUCAGGCAAGCAAGAAAUCAUUAAUGCCUACAGCACCAAGGAAAAGACUAACAAAGAUGACAUCGUAGUAGAGAUGAAGGCAAAAAAGACAGAGGAGUCCAUGCUAUUGAAGAGCGCCAAUGGGGAAAAGAAACCUCCCAAUGACCAGAACAGCACCCUUAGCUCAUAAGUGAAGACUUGUGGGCGACUAAAGAUGGCGUCUGUACCUCCCUUCUGACCCAACAAUCAAGUCUUAAGAGCUGGAGGACCUCUUGUGGAGCAGCCACCUCCUCUGGAUAAAGUGGACUGUACUUUUGUAUCCCGUGUGUGAGCAGCAGUAUCCAUGCUUGGAUAAAUGGGACACAAGUGAUAAAGGAAGAUUGUUCUCUGUUUUCUACUGUUCUCUAUUGUUUUUCUUCAACCAUCGGCCGAUUUCAAGAUCACAAGCUUCAUCCAUUAAACACAAGCAAAAUGAAUUACUGAGUAAAAACAUUAUUACACAUUGUCUACAUCUAAUGUGAGCACCACGUUGCAUCAAAAACUAAGAGAGCUGCAGGGAUGACAUUUUUUGUAGGCCAAAGUUUGGAAACGAAAUAGCAUUUCCAUCAUUCUGAAAUCUAUGUUUUUUUUUUUAAUGUGUUAAUUGGUUAACUGUCUGAAAUAGGGUCUGUGGUUAAUGCAAGCUCAGGAUAUUUUGAUGGUUUAUUCUAUGACAUAAAAUACAGAAACCCAAAAGUCGAUGGAAAAAUCCUGUUGGCUUUUGGUCAAGGAAACCAGGGUGAUGCUUACUUCCGAGUCGGCCUACAAAAAAUAUGUCAAGCACACAUUAAUGCAUAGAUUUAAUGUGACCUUUUGCAUAAAAAUGGGUUUACAAAUGGAUUCAUUCUGCUUGUUUCACAAAUGUCCUUUUUAGACAUCAAAAAUGUAUAUAUUAUAAAUAUGUUUAGCGAUUGAUCCUACUUGUGACCUUAUUCGUUCCAGAUGUGCUUUUCUAAGCUCUGUUCAGAAAAUAUUUUGUUUUAUUUUUAAGUCCUUUAAUUAUGCUGCAGAAAGCAUAUUUUAUUUUCUUUUUUCUACACACAGCGAAAAAGUUUAUUUUGUUUUAUAUGUAUAUGAGACACUUAGCCGUCUCCUGAUAUUCCCGAAAAUCCCAAUGGACCAAAUAAUAAAUGCAAAUUCAGUUUGAAAGGCUGUUCAUUCCAUAAAGGCAUUGAGAAUAACAGAUGUGUAGUCUUCAUAAACACACAGCCCUUCACGAUAUUAAGAAACCCAAUCUAACCUGGAUAACCGAAUAAACAUGACCCCAGCAUUCAGUCAAUAAUACUGAGCUGACAUUUAAUAGUGUGUGUACGGUCCAACUCAAACUACUGCAGAGCUCAUGUACUGUUUGUAAAUAGUUGUAGGGAAGGACAUUGUAGCUCAAUGUGUUGACUGCUGAGGGGAAUCGCAGCUCCCUCUGUUUCUGCCUCAACUGCAGUGCCUGCGGAAAUGUGUCUUCAUUCACAUCAAUGCUAGUUACACUGAAACCUUUGUGUUGUCUUGUUUGUUUCGCGCAUGUCUUUGUAUUUGGUGAAGGGAAAGUUUUGUUGUUUUCAUAAAUGCCAUGACUAAUAAUACUUUUUAUGAAGAGAAGCAGUACGUUUUAGCCUAAAAACCUAUGGCUCCAUUACAAUUUUUGAGACCUGUCAUUUAUUCAUUAAUGUGAUUUGUUCUAAUGUGCAGAGUUUUCUUGUUUCAUGUUCUUGAAUGUGGCUUUGGCUUUUACUUUUGGUCAAUAAAGACGUGACACAUGUUAUCUACAUCAGUGCUUGAGGAAGCCGAACUCUAAUAACCUCAGGACUAUUGUUAAAACACUAAACCACACUUGGACAAUUCAUAUUUAAUUAUAGCUCUGCUCAUGCAUUCUUCUCAUGUUGUAUUAUGCUUAAAUUUCUUUGAAAAAGUUUAAAAAGUUGGCUGAUUUUGUCUUUUUGUGUUCAGCUUAUUUUCCUCUACAAGUCAUGUUCACUUAACAACCUUUUGCAUUUAUUAAAAUAUUUGUUCAUUGUUUAACAAUCUGUCCAUUGUCUAAAUAUUAGUGUGAGCCAUUUGAGACUGUCAGAACCCUGUCGAAUCACUGCAUACUACACUGGCACCUUUCCCUGCUUGUCCUCGUGAGCGUAUUAUGUUGUAAUAGCGCAAACUAUCAUUCUCAUUGUAGAUUGUUCGCAAACACAGUUACGCAAUGUGUUAUGUUCGAUUUCACUUGUGGUUGUAAAUUAAGUACUUGUGGUUUGAUGCGUUUGAUGCUUGCAUUUCUUUUUCUUUUCUUUUAUAUCAUUUUUGGCCAAAAAAUAAAGAUAUGUUACAUUCAA